AAAAUAGUUCCGUUUGAAACGUGUUUCAAGUCGGACGUUUUAUAUUAAACGGGCCACAAACAUGGCUUCUCCUUGAAGUGGCGAUGGACAGUUACAUGAGAAAAUAGUAUUAACAGGAAAGACAGUAGUUCUUUUUGUUUUAGUUUUUUAAAUGGGGUUUAUUAGGCACGUCGUGUGCGCCAUGUCUGGCGGCGUUGACAGCUCUGUCGCGGCGUUGUUACUAAAGAAAAGAGGUUACAGUGUAACAGGAGUUUUCAUGAAGAAUUGGGACUCACUGGAUGAGAGAGGGGUGUGUACCACAGAAAAAGACUGUGAGGACGCGUUUAGAGUGUGUCAGACCCUGGACAUCCCCUUCCAUCAAGUGUCAUAUGUCAAGGAGUACUGGCAUGACGUUUUCAGUAAACUAUUGAAGGAAUACGAGAAGGGGAGGACGCCCAACCCAGAUAUACUAUGCAACAAACACAUCAAAUUUAACCAUUUCUACAAGUAUGCUGUCAACACACUGGGUGCUGAUGCCAUGGCAACAGGCCACUAUGCAAGGACGUCACAGGAAGACGAAGAGGUUUUCCAACAGAAACCCACAGUGCCGCCGAUCACUCUUUUUAGAGAUCGGUUUGAGAUUAGAAAUCCGGUGAGGUUGUACAAAGGAGCAGAUCUCCUCAAAGACCAAACCUUCUUCCUCAGUCAGAUCUCCCAGGAUGCCUUGCGACAAACCAUGUUCCCACUGGCUGGACUCACCAAAGAGUUUGUUAAGAAGAUUGCUGCUGAGGCAGGGUUUCACCAUGUGCUGAAGAAAAAAGAAAGCAUGGGCAUCUGCUUCAUUGGAGAGAGAAACUUUGAAAACUUUAUUUUGGAGUAUCUGGAACCUAAACCAGGGAACUUUGUCUCCAUUGAGGACGGAACUGUCAUGGGAACACACAAAGGCUGGUUCACUCUGACGCUGGGCCAGAGGGCGAGAAUUGGAGGGCAAAAAGACCCCUGGUUUGUGGUGGACAAAGACAUUGCUACUGGAGAUGUGUUUGUGGCUCCAACUACCAAUCACCCGGCUCUUUUCCGUGACACGGUGCGAACGGAGCGUUUCCACUGGGUAACCGUUGACCCGCCUCCUGAACUAGUCAAGACCCAUAUGAUGGAGUGUCAUUUCCGCUUCAUCCACCAGAUGCCGCUCACUCCCUGUACAGUGACACUAAACAUGAACGGCUCUGUGUGGAUCUCUCUCUCCCAGCCAGUCAGGGCUCUUACAACUGGACAGUUUGCUGUGCUCUACAAAGGAGACGAGUGUCUAGGUAGUGGGAAGAUCGUACAACUGGGGCCCAGUGAAUACACACUUCAGCAGGGCAGAGAACGCUUGGCAGCAGCCGCGCAGCACAGGGAGCAGCAGACGCCUGAACCAGCCAGCUGAGAUGAGCUCACAGACGGACGUGGUGGAAAUGAGCUCUGUCCGAUACAUUAGGUAGAGCACACUGUUCAUGGAAAUAACACUGUCUCUCUACACCGGGCUCUGUGGCAAAGGGCCUGCUCUGGAGGCCAUAUUAGAGACUGCAAACGGGGGUUUAUUUUUAAAAGCAUAACUUCAAUGUAUUUUAAAACAAGGACAAAAGGGUUACUCUCUGCUCUGUUUUUAGUAGUUUGUGUUUAGACAUUGAGAGGUUAUCUGUGAGCUGCUCCGACCAUCUGCAUCCAGGCCAAAGUGUGUUUUUUGAUUGGAGACUAGAUGGUACUAACCAACAGUAACCUCAUUUAAAAAAAAAAUGAAUCAAGCUUUUCCGUCUAUUUCCUGUAAACAUCUAUCGUUAGAUCGGCACCGACAGCACAGCAAUCGCUGUCAGGUACAGUAUGUCUGUUUCUGUUCGUGAUAUACACGGGGUUGCCAUUAUUUAUACUCCAGCAGUCCUCCAUUGAACGUUCAUGAUGUCAUUAGAUAUGCCAUUAUGCAUUGCCUGCACCUUGAUAUAAUGGUAAUAAAGGCAAAAAAGACAUUGAUAUAUUUGAUCUGGUAUUUAAGAAGUGCUGGAUGUAUUUUCAGUUGCCCCAAUUGUGGUUAUCCUUUGGAAUUGAAGUUGUCAUAUCUCAAUCUAAAAUCAAGCUCACUUUAAAAAAAUUUUUUUUAAAAGUAACCAGCUUUAAAAUAAUCUAGCAGAUGGAAAGCAAUCUAUCAACCUAAUAUUUUAUUUGGACAGUUUUUGUCUUCUUAUAGUACUUAUAGUUGUGACCUGUGGUCUUUUUCAAAGAUGCUGGUACCCUGGGAUAUAAAGGCUUACUGUAGGAGGUUCUGGUGGGAUUUGACUCUAAGCUAGCAGGGGGUUACUUGUGGGUCGAGACACAUUUUUUUGCCCCUCUUAUCUGUGACUGUAACUGUGCAUCAGUUUAAUUGUGCAUGAACACAUGCUUACUUACUUACUUGUGUGUGUGUGUGUGUGUGUGUGUGUGUAUGUGUGUGUGUGUGUGUGUGUGUGUGUGUGUGUGUGUGUGUGAGAGAAAGAGACGGCGAUUAGCUUUGGAGCCAGUACCGACUCUAGAGUCCUAGUGGGAGAAACAAAGUGUCUCCCCUGUGCUUUCUGACCACGGUGAGACAUGUGUAGCAGGAAACGUUAACCCUCUCCUUGAUGUUAACAUUUUUUUGGUGAAGGACAACCAGGAAAAUAUAUAAAUUAUACAGUCUCUAUGGUGCCAAAGACACACCUACUGAACAGUACAUUGGUGAUUGAUGUUAAUCUAUGACUCUACUUGGUUCUUUGAAUUAUUGUCAUUUUCUUUUUGUUUGUUAAUUAAUAAAUUAAGUUAACACUUUAGUACUAAAGUAGAAAAAAAAUACAAAGUAGUCACUCUGCACCCUUAGGUUAUUUUGAAGUGUUCUGCUCUAAGCAGAAAUUAUGUUCAAAAGUCAGGUAUUGGUUCACAGGAUAAAUCAUUGCCUAUAAACAUGCCAAGUUAACAAACAUGUGCAACAGAAUAUGAUGAA